AUAAACCUUAAAUAUUAAAUCAAUGCUUUUCUUUCCCUGAUUCUCAUGUCCGUAUGUCUGUCUGCACCCUUCUCAUCUCGUGCGCAAUUCUUGCGGCACCGACUCUCGGAUCACUGCAGGAGCGCAGAUUGUAUGAGGAUUUGAUGAGAAAUUAUAACAAUCUGGAACGUCCUGUUGCAAAUCAUUCCGAGCCAGUUACAGUACAUCUAAAGGUAGCCCUCCAACAAAUAAUUGACGUAGACGAGAAAAAUCAAGUAGUUUAUGUAAAUGCAUGGCUGGAUUAUACAUGGAACGACUAUAAUUUGGUUUGGGAUAAAGCUGAAUACGGUAACAUCACAGAUGUCCGUUUUCCAGCUGGAAAGAUCUGGAAACCAGAUGUUCUAUUAUAUAACAGUGUUGACACAAAUUUUGAUUCAACGUAUCAAACCAAUAUGAUUGUGUAUUCAACUGGCUUGGUGCAUUGGGUUCCACCGGGAAUAUUUAAGAUUUCAUGUAAAAUUGAUAUUCAGUGGUUUCCAUUUGACGAGCAAAAAUGUUUCUUUAAAUUUGGUUCAUGGACUUAUGACGGUUAUAAACUUGAUCUUCAACCAGCAACGGGUGGAUUUGAUAUCAGUGAAUAUAUUUCAAACGGAGAAUGGGCUUUACCUUUGACAACUGUGGAGCGAAACGAAAAGUUUUAUGAUUGCUGUCCGGAACCUUAUCCAGAUGUUCAUUUUUAUCUUCACAUGAGACGGCGAACUCUUUAUUACGGGUUCAACUUAAUUAUGCCAUGUAUAUUGACAACUCUUAUGACACUUCUAGGAUUCACACUUCCUCCUGAUGCAGGAGAGAAAAUCACUCUUCAAAUCACGGUCUUACUUUCAAUUUGCUUCUUUUUGAGUAUUGUUUCGGAGAUGUCACCUCCAACAUCGGAAGCUGUUCCUUUACUAGGUAUAUUUUUUACGUGUUGUAUGAUUGUGGUUACUGCAUCGACAGUCUUCACCGUCUACGUUCUCAACUUACAUUACCGUACUCCGGAGACCCACGAUAUGGGACCAUGGACACGUAACCUCCUUCUCUAUUGGAUUCCAUGGAUUCUUCGAAUGAAACGACCCGGUCACAACUUGACAUAUGCUUCACUUCCAUCAUUAUUUUCCACUAAGCCAAAUCGUCACUCGGAAUCAUUGAUCCGUAACAUCAAAGACAAUGAACAUUCACUUUCACGAGCAAACUCAUUUGAUGCCGAUUGUCGAUUGAAUCAAUAUAUUAUGACACAAUCUGUUAGUAAUGGGUUGACAAGUCUUGGCAGUAUUCCAAGUACAAUGAUUUCAUCAAAUGGUACAACUACAGACGUCUCACAACAGGCGACACUUCUGAUUCUUCACAGAAUAUACCAUGAAUUGAAGAUUGUUACGAAGAGAAUGAUAGAAGGUGAUAAGGAAGAACAGGCAUGCAAUAAUUGGAAAUUUGCGGCCAUGGUUGUGGACCGCCUUUGUUUAUACGUCUUCACAAUAUUCAUAAUUGUUUCAACGAUUGGAAUUUUCUGGUCAGCACCGUAUCUUGUCGCCUAAUGAUGAAAGUUUACUUGUAAUUAAUAUUUAAUCAACUGUUCUUCUUCUUCUUUGUUUUUUUUUCUUUGUAAUAUUCAUUGCUUUCGAGCUUUCAAAUAGUCAUUUUGUUCCUUUCGUUCCAUCUGAAUUGUGAUUUUUGACACAUCUUCUUCGCUGUCCUCCUCCUCUUUGAUUAGUCUUUUCAAUCUUCGCUUCUAUGCCGACGUAUUUAUAUCGUUCGAAAAGAAACUUUUUUGAUCACUGUGAUUCAUUCAAUAAACUAUUUGAAUUUC